AAAGACGUGGGGCUUCACCCGCGAGCUGUCAGCACCGCCUUCGGCUGCAGGGUCAACCUCGCCAUCUGCCUACAGGGAACAUCAGGACCUGAUCCCACUACUGUCUAUGUGGACAUGAGAGCGCUGAGACACGACAGGGUGAGACUGGUUGAAAGAGGGUCUCCACACAGUCUGCCUCUCAUGGAAUCUGGGAAGAUUUUACCUGGUGUGCGCAUCAUCAUUGCUAACCCAGAGACGAAAGGACCAAUCGGAGACUCUCAUUUAGGGGAGAUCUGGGUCCACAGUCCGCAGAACGCCAGUGGAUACUUCACUGUGUUUGGCGAGGAAAAUGUGCGUUCGGAUCAUUUUGGAGCCAGACUAAGCUUUGGAGACACUCAGACGGUGUGGGCCAGAACUGGAUACCUGGGGUUCCUGCGCAGAACUGACCUCACGGAUGCAAGCGGAGAAAGGCACGAUGCCCUUAUGUGGUGGGAGCAUUAGAUGAAGUCAUGGAGCUGAGAGGAAUGAAAUACCAUCCCAUUGACAUUGAAACGUCCAUCAUCAGAGCACACCGCAAUAUCAC